AGUCGGUAAUUUUGGGAGCUUACAUUAGCAGCCAAUUUCACACUGCUCUUACUGUCAAUAUUAAGUUUUUUUUCAUAUAUUUAAUAUAUUACCUAUUAGUUUUUCGGGAGUCAAAUAAACUAAGGCGUUUUGAAGAAAAACCAUUUUUAUAAUUUAAAAAAAAUCAUAUCAUGAUAGAAGUGAUAGCCAAACUUCCUCACGGCCAUGUAUUCCUUUCUGGAGAAAUAGUAGAAUGCAGUAUAACUUUCAUUCAUCCACCUUCUCCUAAUCAUAUGGUGUCUCAGAGUUUUACGGACGCAUUUGAGACUUUAGCAUGGGCUUCAGCCCAAAUCUUGUGUCAGUGUUCUACAGAUUCAAAAGUGACUCAUGAAAAAGAAAAGUUGAGCCCCACUUUUGCUGACACUUCCUUAGGUACAGGCCUUCAUGAAAAUGGGACUUCUGAGAUUGCUACUAGACCCAAAAUACUGUUUUGUGAUUUGAGGCUGUCUCCAGGACAGUCAAAAACAUUUAUUUAUAGAGAAAAAAUUCCAAGUGAUUCUCCUCCUUCUUACAGAGGACAACUUGUAAAAUAUUCAUAUAAAAUUGCCAUAGGAACUCAACGUGUAAAUAGUCCAGUGAAAUUGUUGAGGAUACCCAUCAGAGUUUUACCCCUCUGUGAGGCUCUAUUGAGUGAAGCCAGUGAUCUUUGUAAUGAAACAACAGAGGAAUUAACCCCAGCUAAUCCUUUCUUAGAAAUCAGACAAAAGGAAAAACCUCUUGAUUUAGCUCUACAGAGCCUGCAAAAUGUCACUGCAAGACGCAAUCCAAAUUUUUAUAUGAUCACAAACCUCUGGGGAAAAGUGGCAAGGUUUUGCUUAUUCAAACCUGCAUAUAAAUUAGGAGAAGACAUUAUAGGAACUUUUGAUUUCACAGUAGCUACUGUCGAAUGCGUUCAGUUUUCCGUCUCCCUUCAGUGCGAAGAAGAAACUACCAUUGAUGUGCACAACGAAAAUUCCAAACAAGUGAGGGUGAUUACCUUUAGCAAUCAUCACGAAGUUUGUUUAGGAUACAAGUAUACUCAGCUAAUCCUUCCUAUACCACUCCAUGUGACCCCUGCAUUUAGUACAAAGUUAGUAAGUUUGAAAUGGCGUCUACAUUUUGAAUUUGUGACGAGUACCCACAAAGGCCUAAGUACCCCAUCGCUUGAGGACACUAAUUGGCAAGCACCUUCUGAAAUACCUAUAGAAACGAUGGUGUGGAGUUUGCCAAUAAGAUUAUACUCAACUACACCUAUGCAUGUGGCCCAAGGGGUGCAUGCUAGUAAUAAACAUAAACUUAUUAUUCGUUAGAUAAUUGUUGUAGAUUUGAAAAUGUUUUUAUUUUUAUAUUUAUAGGUUACAAGUGACAUUCAUCAAUAAAAAGGUUUAAAAUACUCCAAA